CAGCGUCGGGUGUUUCAAGCUGUGAGGAGGCACCGCCCCAUAACAUUGAAAUGCCAGAUGUGCGUCUCGCUCUCUGACACAUGUGGGACAUUCUGCUCUCACAGCACUAACCGCCCCAUUCACCGCUCUCUUGGACACCCUCCGCUCCCGCUGCAAAAAUGAGGUGGAAGCAGAUCUUCCUUUCGUGUCUGGCCAUCGUUUUUACUCUCGCAAUCCUGAAGGAGGUCGAGUCGGCUGCGGUCCGCACGGAUCGAGGCGUGAAACCGGAGGAGAAGGAGCCUGUGCCGAGGCAGGUUUUUGUGACGGAAUCUGACGCCUCCAGGUUUUUCAAGAGACGUACCGUUCGAUCAGUUAGGUCCCGCAACGAAUACAACGCUGAGAAUAGGCAACGACUUACAGUCGACGAGAGAAGGAAGGAAAAUCAUGAAGAGCAGCUGCACGAAUGGGAGAACUACGUGGAGGAGGAACGAGAUGAGCAAUACGAAAGGACUCGUGAGAAGACGGAGUCAUGGCGCGAGUGGCACUACGAUGGGCUCUAUCCCUCUUACCAAUACAACCGCCACGUCUACUAAACAACAAGGCCGGAAUGGCCGUGAGCUGAGAGACCACCAGUUCCUGACCCGACCAAAGCAAAUCAGGGCUCGAACGUACAGGGACUGAUUCCAUCUGAAACCUCUCAUCUCAUCUCUCUCUCACUCUCUCCUUUUUUUUUUGGGAAACAGCGAAUAUAAAAAGCCCGAUGGG